CCAGGCAUCCGAAGGUUUAUAUGGGAACAUGCUCAGGACGUCCAUCGCAUUAUUCAUCGAGUCCAGCAUGCAGGCGGAACAUUUUCUCCUAGCAAGGUGCAACUGGCGCAACCAGAGGUUCUAAUUGUAGGACAGCGCUGCACACCUCAAGGGCGACUUCCAGAUCAGCAAAAGAUUGAGAAGAUCUUGAGCUGGCCA